AUUCUCUAUUCUUCAUUCUAUAUCUUGCUGGGUCUCUGUCUCGUGGGACUUCUAGUCAUCAGUCCCGCAGACGGUAUUCGACAAUCCCUGAGGCGCGACCAACUCGCGUUCCUUUUCGUAAUCGGAGGAUGCUAUUGCGCCACGGCUGUUGUGGCCCUCUUUCUAUAUUCCAACAGAAUAUACAGCAAGAGGAAAGCCAUAGCAGAGAUACCAAAGUCCUACAUACCUAUCGAGAAGGGGGAUGUGAACAAAAAGGUCAGGCGGAUGAUUGUGGCCAGCCUCAGCCGCAGUGCUGCAAUCGCGUGGGAUUCUCGACCGCGGAUACCCACCGAACCGCCUACGAUUGUCUCUGAGCCGGGGAAUCGCGAUGCUAUUGCGAGACCUGCGGAAGGAGAGUCGGAGAAGAUAGAGGGUUCGAGUGGGACUGCGGGGCUGCAGGAAGGGACGGUUACAAUUCCACCAACUCGUCCGGUCUGGGGAGGUAUUGCACACAAUGGAUGGUCAACACCCACGUCACCAGAUCUUCCAAAUUUGCAAUACAUCACAGUUAUCCUUGAAUUACCUCACCUGAUCGAAGCCCGGGCCGUCUCCUUGGCGCCUCCGGAUCCCGAAUCCGCUUCCGAACCACCCCUACCGGAUAUCCGGGCAGUAGACUUGCUUCAAAGACCAGCUGCAAUGGGUCUCCGUGACUACAUUGGUCACCUCACAAGCGUCGGUGUCAUCAGCUCUUCAAUCGCAACCGACUUCCUCGCCUCCUACGAAUAUGCACGAUUCUCCGCACGACCGCUCAGCGAAACCCAAUUCCGCGACCUGAUGAAGCAAUUCGCGGAAGUUCUACGGAGCAUGAAUCCAUUGACCCCUGCAAUCCUAGCCAGUCUCGACAUCGACCCCCCGGAAAGCGACAUCGACGACGACGAGGUAUCCUCGACUUCUACACCAACGACCGCACGUAGCAGAUCUUUGGCCUCCUCACGGAGCGCUGCCAGCCGCGAUAGCAGUGAAGGCACCAUCCGCACUGCCCCCUCGCAAAAUCCAGGCCCAAAUGGGUCCCCAAAGAAGAAACGGGAAGGAUUCAGCACAGCACCUGCUACGCCCAAAAGCAAGAAACGCGUUAUUUCCAGGACUCCGAGCGCGAAUAGCUUCGCGCAGAGCAGGCAGCCGUAUAAUGGGAGUAGUGGCGAUUCGAGCGAGAAUUUGCGCUCGGCGAGUCAGAGUAGUGUGAUUAGGUUGAGCAAGACUAAUGAGGACGGGGAGUUGCCUUAUGUGCUGAAGAUUCCUAGAGCACGAUGA